AUGAAAUAUGUUCAUGGAUUUGCAUUGAUUCAUAGGGAUUUGAAAUCUGAUAAUCUUUUGAUUUCUGCUGAUAAGUCAAUCAAGAUUGCUGACUUUGGAGUUGCUAGAAUUGAAGUGCAGACUGAAGGAAUGACACCCGAGACUGGGACCUACUGUUGGAUGGCUCCGGAAAUGAUACAACACAGGCCCUACACACAAAAAGUGGAUGUCUACAGCUUUGGAAUUGGUCUUUGGGAACUGAUCACUGGAAUGCUUCCAUUCCAAAACAUGACAGCUGUCCAGGCGGCAUUUGCGGUUGUCAAUAAAGGUGUCCGCCCGACAAUCCCACACGACUACCUGCCCGUGCUGACCGAAAUCAUGACACGUUGCUGGGAUGGAAACCCUGAUUCCAGACCGGCGUUCACGGAAGUUGUCAGAAUGCUUGAACAUGCAGAAACCGAAAUCAUGACUACAGUCCGGAAAGCUUGA